UGUUUUGCUGUAGCUGUUACCAGAACCAUGGGCUCUUCAGGUAGAACCGCAAUUGUGUCCAUAGUUUUGGCUAUUAUGAUGAAAAGUGGAUUAGUCAAUGCCACAACUGUUUUACCAAGUUCACCCAGUCCAACCACUACGAUGAAUACUUCACCAAGCUCACCCAGUCCAACCAAUUCAGUGACAUAUAGUUCAAACAAUACGAUGGGAAUCAGUCCAACACGCACUAGUGUAGUAACAGCUACAAACAGUGUUCUACCGAUGCUACCCACAGUAACAUGUCAAGAGAAUCACAUGGAGAUCGAACUGGACAAGAACACAUAUUCUAACCUUAACUCAUCCGCCUUUCACCUCCGUGACUCGUCAUGCCUUGGUGUGGUCACUGGAAACAUCAUCAUACUGUCAACACCUUUGAAUAGCUGUAACACCAUCUCGAAGCAAACAGACGAUACCGUCACGUACCAGAACGAAGUGAAAGCAGAAUUGGCUAUCAAGAUAAACCCGAAUGAUACUGUCACCCGUCACGAUGCGCUGGUUCUGCCUUUUAACUGUACCUACAAAAGGAGGAAGUAUGUCAGCGUUUCUUUCAAGCCAAAACGUCGCGUUGACGCAGAGGAAGGAGCGUUUGGGAACUUCACCUUCCUGAUGGAUCUGUAUUCAGAUAACAGCUACACUCAUUCAUACAACAUUAGCGAUUACCCAAUCAGCNACUCAGGAGCGUUUGGGAACUUCACCUUCCUGAUGGAUCUGUAUUCAGAUAACAGCUACACUCAUUCAUACAACAUUAGCGAUUACCCAAUCAGCGUGCAGCUAAACCAACGACUGUACAUCAAGUAUCAAGUGUUGUCUGAUAAAGCUGAUCUGCAUGUCUGUAACGUGGACAAAACAAUCAAUUACAACUACGAACCGAACAGAGAGCAAAACUUUUCCAUCCAAGCCUUUCGUUUCAUUGCUAACCAUCCAGUGGUGUAUCUACAUUGUCUUCUUCUGGUCUGUCACACCACCUACAAUACCUCCAAGUGUGCUGUCGGUUGCCAGAACAACCGAGUGAGGCGUGACAUGUCACGUGAUGCUCAGGAAUCCAAUCUGUAUCACCUGUCAUCUGGACCAAUCACUCUUAAGAAGGCCAUAAAAUCAACAUCAGAUAAAAGCACAUCUCCAGGAGUGACUGUCGUAGCGCUAUCCUCGGCAGUAGGCGUGUUACUCAUUGGCUGCAUUGUGCUUCUGAUGGUACUGCUUCGGCGCAGAAAGAGGAAAAGCUACAAAACUGAAUGCGAUAUUGAGCCGACACAGUUGGAUGCUUACGAUAACCCAGGAGUCAACAGAGAAGAUGAUCCCGCGGGUCUGAAGAUGUCAAACCAACAAGACGAUGCGCUGUGAACUAGAACAUCUACCAUGCACACCUUAUAUACAUGCACAAUUUAUAUACAUGCACAAUUUAUAUACAUGCACAAUUUAUAUACAUGCAAAAUUUAUAUACAUG